UGCAGAUUCGACACCUGUCAGCAACUGGUUCCAUAACUGCAGCGUUUUACCAAACCACUUCACAACAGACCAGCUCUUCUGGCGUUUGAUUACGAAACGUCCAGGGUUUAUUAUGACAGUUAGCAUAUACUUUGUUUUGCGUUUUGUUUUUUGAUUAAAUGUAGCCUUUACAAAAAAAGGAACUUUUUAUUUGAAAACUUUCAGCAAAAUGCAUAAAAAUAUAUAUUGUAUGUUUGUUUUCUGUUUAAGUUUAUGGAGUCUGAGUGGUGUGUUAGGUGUUUAUGAAGUGAAGUCAGUGACGGAGGGAGAAUCAGUGCGUCUAAACUCUGAUCUUACUGAAAUACAGAGAGACGAGGAGAUGACGUGGAAAUUUAACAACAUUAUGAUAGCUAAACUCAAGGACAGUAAGAGCAGGUUUUAUGAAGAUAAUGCUGAAGGGAGAUUCAGAGACAGACUGAAGCUGGAUCAGACUGGAUCUCUGAUCAUCACAAACACCAGAAUCACAGACUCUGGAGAAUAUACAGUCAUCGGCACCAGCACAGACUCCACACUCAACAUCUUCAGACUUACUGUCUACGCUCCUGUGCCUGUUCCUGUCAUCACCAGAGACUCUUCUCAAAAUUCAUCAUCAUCAUCAUCAUCAUCAAAUUGUUCAUUGUUGUGUUCAGUGGUGAAUGUGAGUGAUGUGACUCUCUCCUGGUACAAAGGAAACAGUUUAUUGUCCAGCAUCAGUGUGUCUGAUCUCAGCAGAAGUCUUUCUUUACAUCUGGAGUGUCUGGAUGAUUUCUACAGCUGUGUGGUGAACAAUCCCAUCAGAAACCAGACUCAACAUCUCAACACUGAACUCUGUCAGACAUGUUCAGAAGACUUCAUCCACUGCUGUGGUUCUACUGAAGCUGUGAUCCGAUUGGCUCUCUCUGCUCUGGUGGGCGUGGCUGCUGUUGCUAUGCUGGUUUAUGACAUCAUAUCCCAAAGUCUUCAGCAAGAGCAGACAUCACUGUCAAACUAAAUAAAACGAUAAUCAGGGAGGUGGAUAUGUUUGAAUACUUAUAUUUACUGUAAAAUUUUAAUACAAAAAUGUAUAUAUUUUUAGAAUGUAUUUGUACAAUGUAUACUCCCAUUUUUUUGUCAGCUGUCUAUAUCACUUUUCACAAGUCUUUCUAAAACAGCUUUUCGAAGAAUAUGCCUUACAACAUCCUUCCUGUUUUAUUAGUUUAUUAGAGUAUGAACAAUAUAGUGAUAUUAAUAUCUCAAUUUUACUACUCACUGUUAUAUUCAAGACAACAGAAUGAUGUGUUUCUAUUGUUUAUAGUAUUUUCUGUUCACACUAAAAGCAUCACCACAUUGGAGAUUAAAGAGAAACAAUGCAUAAAAGGGAGAAAAGAAAUUCAGCAGGACAAAACAUUCACAAUAAUAUACAUUUACUAAAAAGCUCACAAUUAAAUGUACAUGACAUUAAUCGUGUUUUAAAUAUGAAUCAUUUAAUUUGAAUAGACAAAGAAUUGCUUAUGUUUGUUAGAAUAUUUAGUUUGAAGUUAACAGACAUUUAUAUUUUCUAGUGUGGGUCCGGCAUACAUUUUAAAGAUGACUGUGCUUCCUUCUUCUGAAAUAAAACAAUAAAUAACUCAAAAGUGUUUCAGGGAUUGGCAUGUGUCUUUAAUUUAGCAAUAACUUGAAAUGAUAAGGGAUGAUGGAAAAAUUGAAGACAGAAGAAAUAUAGACAGCAUUGUAUAUAAUUUCAUUAUGUGUUAUUUUGCCCAAGACAGUUAAGCACAACAUGACACUGGUGUCUUUUUUUUCUUUAAUACAUUAUAGGUUUUUAAGUCAUGUAUAAAGUCCACAUAAAACUUACCUUUGGAAAGUGUUGUGUGGUUCAAAUAUAAAACAUAUUUUUGUAAAUGUAUUGUGCUUAUUUUUUAAAAUCACAUAGCUAAAGACAGUUGUUGUUGUUAAAGAAAAUAUCUUUAGAAUUCAGACCCUGACCAUUAAGAACCACUGCCCUAGAGUUUAUCUUUAUUAUAUAAAAUGUAAAAGUUUGCUUUCUCCUUUUUCUUCUUGUUGUUAAUAAAACAUUUUUCAUAAAACGUA